AUGAGUGGCGGUAGAUUCCCUCACUCCAGCGCACCGCUGGCUACUGUGAAAGAGGUCCAAUUUGGUCUUCUUUCUCCUGAGGAAGUGAGAGCUAUUAGUGUUGCAAAAAUUGAAUAUCCUGAAACCAUGGAUGAGACGCGUCUUCGUCCUCGCAAUGGUGGCCUCAAUGAUCCGCGUCUUGGUACAAUCGACCGCAACUUUCGAUGCAUGACAUGCAAACAAAGCAUGGCGGAAUGCCCAGGUCAUUUUGGCUGCAUCGAGCUUGCGAAGCCAGUCUUCCAUAUCGGUUUCAUCAAUAAAAUCAAAAAAGUCUGCGAAUCGGUUUGUUUAAACUGUGGCAAACUUCUUCUCGACGAGUCCCACCCACACUUUGCUCAGGCUCUCAGAAUCCGAGAUCCGAAGAGAAGAUUUAACGCUGUGUGGGCUCUUUGUAAACCUAAAAUGGUUUGCGAGGCCGACCCCCCAGAAGACGACUACAACGACCCCCUCAACAGCAACAAUAAAGGUGAACACAACCACCAUGGUGGUUGCGGAAACACACAGCCCACCAUCAGAAGAGACGGCUUGAAACUUGUCGGCACUUGGAAGCGUGAAAAGGGUGAAGACGGUAAUGCCAUCCAAGAAAAACGAACUCUCACACCUUCCGAGAUUUUAAAUGUUUUCAAACACAUUUCCAACGAAGACAUUCGUCGUUUGGGUCUCAAUGAGGACUAUGCAAGACCUGAAUGGAUGAUUAUUACAGUUCUUCCCGUCCCACCUCCUCCAGUCCGUCCUUCUAUCGCUAUUAACGAAUCCGCCAGAGGUGAGGAUGAUUUAACAUAUAAGCUUGCUGACAUCAUCAAAGCUAGUGCAAAUGUUGCUCGCUGUGAACAGGAGGGUGCUCCUGCUCAUGUUAUUAACGAAUUUGAGGCUUUACUUCAGUACCAUGUCGCUACAUACAUGGAUAAUGACAUUGCAGGUCAACCCCAAGCUCUCCAAAAGUCUGGCCGUCCUGUCAAGUCCAUUCGCGCCCGUCUAAAAGGUAAGGAAGGUCGUCUCCGUGGUAAUCUUAUGGGCAAGCGCGUCGACUUUUCUGCUCGUACUGUCAUUACUGGUGAUCCCAAUAUUGAUCUUGACCAGGUUGGUGUCCCCCGAAGUAUAGCACGAACACUCACCUACCCUGAAGUGGUCACCCCUUACAAUAUUCAGAGACUGACUGAAUAUGUUCGCAAUGGUCCCAAUGAGCAUCCGGGUGCUAAGUAUGUCAUCCGUGAUACUGGUGAGCGUAUUGAUUUGCGUUACCACAAGCGCGCUGGCGACAUUGCUCUUCAAUAUGGCUGGAAGGUUGAGCGUCAUUUACUUGAUAAUGAUCCUGUUCUUUUCAACCGUCAGCCUUCACUGCAUAAAAUGUCCAUGAUGGCCCACAGAGUUAAGGUUAUGCCUUAUUCUACUUUCAGACUGAAUCUGUCUGUAACAUCACCUUACAAUGCCGAUUUCGACGGUGAUGAAAUGAACUUACACGUUCCUCAAUCCGAAGAAACUCGCGCUGAACUUUCUCAGAUUUGCAUGGUCCCCCUGCAAAUUAUUACUCCACAAUCUAACAAGCCUAUUAUGGGUAUUGUCCAGGAUACGUUGUGUGGUAUCAGAAAAAUGACUAAAAGAGAUACCUUUUGCGAUUUUGAGCAAGUCAUGAACAUUCUCUUUUGGAUUCCUAACUGGAACGGUAUUGUUCCAGAACCUACUAUCAUUAAGCCCAAGCCUCUUUGGACUGGUAAGCAAAUGCUUUCUAUGUGUAUUCCAGAUGGUAUCCAUUUGAGACGUCUUGACAAGAGCCCUAUUUCUCCCGAUGACGACGGUAUGCUUGUCGUAAAGGGUGAAAUCAUGUAUGGUGUCGUUAACAAGAAGACAAUUGGCGCUUCGGCUGGUGGUCUAGUCGAUAUUAUCUUCAAGGAGAAAGGCCCUUACGCCUGCAGAGAUUUUUUUGGAAAUAUUCAAAAGGUGGUGAACUUUUGGCUUCUUCACAAUGGUUUCUCCAUUGGUAUUGGUGAUACUAUUGCCGAUGCUGAUACCAUGAAUACCAUUACCAAGACCAUUAAUACUGCCCGCCAGGAAGUGCAAAAGAUUAUUAAUGAUGCUGAACGCAAUAAGCUUGAGCGUGAACAGGGUAUGACACUGCGUGAAACCUUUGAACAGAGCGUUUCCAAGACUCUUAACCAGGCUCGUGAUAACGCUGGUAAAUAUGCCGAAAAGAGUUUGAAGGAAUUAAAUAAUGUCAAGCAGAUGGUUAUUUCUGGUUCCAAGGGUUCUUUCAUUAACAUUUCUCAAAUGUCUGCUUGUGUCGGUCAGCAAAUUGUGGAAGGUAAGCGUAUUCCAUUCGGCUUUUCUGACAGAACACUUCCCCAUUUCACAAAGGAUGAUUACAGUCCGGAAUCUAAGGGCUUUGUUGAGAACUCGUACCUCCGUGGUCUUUCUCCUCAAGAAUUUUUUUUCCAUGCCAUGGCUGGUCGUGAAGGUCUGAUUGAUACCGCCGUCAAAACUGCAGAAACAGGUUAUAUUCAACGUAGAUUGGUUAAGGCCCUUGAAGAUGUCAUGGUCCACUAUGAUGGUACAGUCCGUAACUCCCUUGGUGAUAUUCUCCAAUUUGUUUAUGGUGAAGACGGCUUGGAUUCAUGCAAGGUUGAAAACCAACCUAUUGAUACUAUUCCUGGAAAUGAUGACUCCUUUAACAACCGUUACAAGAUUGAUUUGAUGGACUCAUCCAAGUCGCUUAAGCCAUCCCAGAUUGAGAGUGGAAAUGAUAUUAUUGGUGAUAUUGAUAUUCAGCGUAUUCUUGAUGAAGAGUAUCAACAGCUUGUUUCUGAUCGUGAAUUCCUUCGCACUGGUACCUUUUAUGGUAUUGAGAGCGGUUGGCAUCUUCCAGUCAAUCUUAGACGUGUUAUUCUUAACGCUCAACAGAUUUUCAAUGUUGAUCCAAACAAGGCCACCAACCUUACAAUUCCUGAAAUUGUAAGUGGCGUUCGCCAACUUCUCAAUAAGAUAAUCGUUAUUCGUGGUACUGACAAGCUGACCAAAGAAGCACAAGACAAUGCUACUCUUUUGUUUAAGUGCUUAGUACGUUCUGUGUUUGCUGUAAAGCGUGUUGUUUCUGAGUACCGUCUUAAUCGCGACGCUUUUGAGUGGGUCAUGGGCGAAAUCGAGUCACAGUUCUCUCGCUCCCUUGUCAACCCUGGUGAAAUGGUUGGCGUGGUUGCUGCGCAAUCUAUUGGUGAGCCCGCUACACAGAUGACUCUCAACACUUUCCAUUAUGCGGGUGUGUCUUCCAAGAACGUUACUCUUGGUGUCCCUCGUUUGAAGGAAAUUCUUAACGUUGCCAAAAAUAUCAAAACUCCAUCUAUGUCUGUUUUCUUGCAAAGAGAACUUGCAUUGGAUAUUGAACGUGCUAAAGAUAUCAUUCGUUUUAUUCAAUACACUAAUUUGAAGCAGGUUGUCAAGGCCACUGGUAUCUUCUAUGAUCCUGACCCUACUACUACUGUCAUUGAGCAAGACAAGGAUAUGGUUGAGACCUUCUUUAUGAUUCCUGAUGACAACCUGCUUGCCCAGCUUCCCAUGCACAGCCCUUGGGUUCUUCGUUUGGAGCUUGACCGUAAGAAGCUGGUUGAUGUUCGCUUAGAUAUGAAUCAAGUUGCUGAGAAGAUUUCUGCCAGUUUUGAUGGCCAUAUGGCUCUUAUUUGGUCUUAUGAUAACGCCAAGGAGCUUGUUAUUCGAUGCAGAAUUGUUCGUGAUCUUAAGGCCACUGAGGAGAACAUUGAAGCUGAAGAGGAUCAGACUAUCAAGAAGCUCAUGUUCCAGAUGCUUGACAAUAUCGUUCUUUGUGGUACUCCUAAUAUUCAGCGCGUAUAUCUUACUAAGUACGAUAUUCGGGAACCUGAUGAGACUGGAGAGUACCAAAACAUCCAGGCUUGGAAUCUUGAAACUGAUGGUUCUAACCUUGCUGAUGUUAUGUGUGUUGAGGGUGUUGACUUUACUAAGACCACAUGUAACUCGUUUGUGGAGGUAUUAUCUGUUUUGGGUAUUGAGGCUUCUCGACAAUCUCUUUUCAGAGAAAUCAGUAGUGUCUUGUCGUUUGACGGUUCUUAUGUCAAUUACCGUCAUAUUGCCUUGCUUGUUGAUGCCAUGACCUCUCGUGGCCAUAUUAUGGCUAUUACUCGUCACGGUAUUAAUCGUGCUGACACUGGUGCUCUCAUGCGCAGUUCUUUCGAAGAAACAGUUGAAAUUCUUCUUGAGGCUGCUGCGUCCGCCGAGCUUGAUGACUGUCGUGGUGUUUCUGAGAACAUCAUGCUUGGUCAAAUUGCGCCCUUGGGCACUGGUUCAUUUGAUAUUGUUCUUGACGAAGAUAUGCUUGCCAAUGCUGCUCCCGAUUACAGUGUUGAAGAGAAUGCAGCUUACCCAUCUGGCACCAAAUACAUGGAUGGUGCUGCUACCCCAUAUGAUGGCAGAUCUCCUGUUUACGAUAACCAGAUUGGUUCUAUGGACAGUAUUAUGCCAUUCUCACCCAUUGUUAAUUCUGGUGGAGAUGAUCGUGGUGGAUUUACUGAGUAUGGUGGAGGUGCCCAAAGUCCAUUUGGUGCCGGUGGCUCGUCUACUCCUGGUUAUGCGCCAACUUCACCAUUUUCAUUUGGCAACUCCACUCCUGGAUAUUCAGCUACUACGCCAUAUUCACCUGGCGGAUCAGGCUAUGCUGCUACAUCCCCUGGCUAUGCUGCUUCUCCAAGCUACUCGCCAACAUCUCCUUCCUAUUCUCCUUCUUCACCUUCUUACACACCUACUUCACCUUCUUAUUCUCCUACUUCACCUUCUUAUUCACCAACAUCCCCUUCAUAUUCACCUACAUCUCCCGCAUACUCACCUACAUCUCCAUCUUAUUCACCCACAUCUCCUUCAUACUCGCCAAGUGGAGCAUCACCUGCCAGUCCAGAGUACUCUCCUACUAGCCCAACAUUUAAUGGUGGUGGAGCUUCUUAUUCUCCCACCUCGCCAGUGUAUUCUCCUACUUCUCCCUCGUACUCGCCGACAUCACCUUCAUUCUCUCCAAAUGCUAGUUACUCUGGUGGUGGUGGCUCUCCAUUGCCUUCUUAUGUUCCUGGUUCGACCUCUUACUCGCCAACAUCGCCCCAAUUUUCACCUGGAAGCCCCGGUGGUUUCAAUACUGGCCACAAUAACAAUAACAACAAUAACAAUGACCGCAGAUGA